AUGGCACUGACCAACGUGCGCUACCCGGUCUACGAGCCCACCUCCGAUUGCGUGCUGUUCGUGAAGGGGUACGCGGUGUGCUCACUGGACAGCAACAAUGUCAUGGAUCUGGUCGCAGGCAACAUAUACACGCAGCAGGAGACCGUUUGCAGUGGUGAUGGGUAUCGGGGGGAGGCACGCUUUUCGGCCAUCACCGCCCUGGCACCCGACGGCAAGGGCAGUGUGUACAUCGCGGAAGCCGAGCGCAUGCGCAAAGUGGACCUCCUAAGCGGCCAGAAUGAUGAGCACUUUAGACGACCAGCAAUCCACUUUGAGAUCAGACAGAAGAGCCAGACGGAGAUCAUCUACUAACACGUCAUGAUAGACCGACCCACGGGACUUGACUAUCUUAUUCC